AUGGAUCUUGUCGACGUAUGUGAACUCACUUUUGAAAUGAUUGCAGAUGAGAUAUCAGAGCAGUUGAGAAGGAGAAAGGAAAAGGAGGAACUCGAAAGGGCUGUUGAUCUUCAAGUUUUGAAACUUGUCGAAUAUCGAUCAACAUACAGUCAAGCCAUAGCGGACUGUGUUGCCGUUAAGGCUGAUUAUGUUGAACGAUCAGUGGCUAGCGGUGAAUUGAUCCUUCCCUCGUCAUAUCGUCCACCAAAAAUUGACUUCGAUGCUGUUGUCGCUCGUAUUGAGAAAUCUUGUAAAGAGAAGAUAUUGGAAGAACAAUAUAAACGUAGAAUUCAAGAGAAGCGUUUCAAACAGGUGAAGUUUAGUCACGACACAAUUAUGGGUUAA